UUUGUGAAAUCAAUUUAUACGCUCCCGUCUUCCAGUUUUUCCCUAGUCUCCCAAACCCCCCAAUUCGUUUACCCCCCUCCGUCACUUUUCAAGAUAUAUGCAAUGGUGCGGGGGAAACUUAUUCUAAUCUGCCAGUAUGGCGGUGAUUUUGUUACGAAUGAUGAUGGAACUUUGUCGUAUGAUGGAGGAGAGGCCAAUGCAGUAAAUGUUAAUCUUGAGAGUGUAUUUGAUGAUUUGAAGCUGGAAUUAGCCGAAAUGUGUAAUCGGGACUAUAAUGAUAUGUCCAUCAAGUACUUCCUUCCGGGAAACAGGCGGAAUCUUAUUACCCUUAAGACUGAAAAGGACUUGAAAAGAAUGCUUGAUUUUCACGGGAAUUCUGUAUCUACAGAUGUCUUCGUUAUGGGAAAGGAAGGGUUUAAUCAUGAUGCAUUGAAUAUGCAUGCCGACAGGGAAACCAGUGCGAAACUUGCGGGAACAGUAGAGCCUGGUUCCGAGCCAGCAAUCCCUACUGAUUUGACCCCAGGCAAUCAAGUCCGUGGAAAGCGUGUUCAGAAAAGAAAGCCUGCUAAGCAUGUUGUCAAGAGGAAAACGGGGGGAGCUUCCAGUCCCAAGCCUUCUUCUGAUGUCCCUGUAGUACAAGGUCUUCGGGCAACCGCUAAGAGCGAUAGUAGAACGACUACUAUCUCAACCCAUUCUGCAGGACCUAUGGUUGUUUUUGAAUCAGAUUGUGCUCCAAAGUCCGAUUUUUCUGCUGCUGCAAAUCAUCACAGCUCGGAUAAAAUUGAUUUAACUGCUACUCCUGCAGAUGCUGUCAAGAAAAGAAGGCGCACAGCCUCCUGGAAAAUUGGUGCCAAUGGUCCCAUGAUUGUUGUAGAUGAUGAGGAGAGAACUCCUCUGGAAAAGAGCGGUCAUCUGAGCCAUAAUAUGAAGAAGCCCAGGAAAGAUGUUACCCCUAGGAAAGCCGACUGUGACAAUCGCACUUCCAAUUCCAGUUCUCACGACCACUUGUUGGAAAACCAAGUUGAUGCUUGGAGGGAUAUCAUUAAAGGUGUUGGUCAGGAGUUUGAAGGUGUUCAAGAAUUUCGAGAUGCUCUGCAGAAAUAUGCUAUGGCACAUCGUUUUACAUAUAAAUUGAGAAAGAGUGAAGCUAAUCGUGUAAUUGCUGUAUGUGUUGUUGAUGGUUGUUCUUGGAGGAUUUAUGCUUCGCGGGUCUCUAGUGAACAUCCUUUUGAGAUAAAAAAGUUUCAAGAUACACACACAUGUGGAGGUGAAUCUUGGAAAUCUGGUCACCUAGCAAGGAGUCGGUUCGUAGGUAUCAUUAAGGAAAGAUUACGUGAUUCUCCGAAUCUGAAACCAAGAGAAAUUGCUAGUGGCAUUUCCCAUGAUUUUGGGAUUAGUUUGAGCUACUCACAAGUAAGGCGGGCGACUGAGGAUGCACGAGAACAACUUCGUGGAUCUUAUAAGGAGGCUUAUAAUCAGUUGCCUUGGUUUUGUGAAAAAAUAUCAAAGACUAAUCCUGGUAGCUCCACCAAUUUCGUCACCAAUGAUGACAAAACAUUCCGUGGUCUUUUUGUGGCGUUUCAGGCAACAAUGUUUGGUUUCUUAAAUGGUUGUCGCCCGCUUCUUUUUCUUGAAGCAUCAUAUAUAAGAUCAGAUUACCAAGAAAUCUUGUUGACAGCAACGGCAGUUGAUGGAAAUGAUGGUUUCUUUCCUGUUGCUUUUGCUGUAGUUGAUGUUGAAAAUAGUGAUAAUUGGCACUGGUUUCUAGAGCAAUUGAAGUAUGCAAUGUCGUCUCCUCAAUCCCUAACAUUUGUUUCGGAUAGAGAGAAGGACCUGAAGAAAUCUGUGCUUGAGUUAUUCGAAAAUUCUCAUCAUGGUUACUCCAUCUACCACCUUAUGAAAAGCUUUAAAAGGAACUUAAAGGGUCCUUUCAGUGGAGAUGGAAAAGCUUUAUUGCCAGUUACUCUUUUAGCUGCUGCACAUGCGACCAGGCUUUGUGAUUUUGAGAAGUGCACUGAACAAAUAAAAAAAAUAUGUUCCAAAGCUUAUGACUGGGUCAUGCAAAUAGAGCCAGAGUUUUGGACAAGUUUGUUUUUUGAGGGUGAGCAAUAUAAUCAUAUAUCACAAAAUAUUGCAGAACCAUACAUUACACUAAUGGAAGAAUUAAGGGAAUUGUCUAUAGUACGGAAGAUAGAAGCUCUAAUACGCAUGAUGGCUGGGUUGAUGGACAGAGGUCAAAAGGAAUCUUGCAAGUGGACCAAAAACCUCACACCAUCGUAUGAAAAAAAGUUGCAAAAUUACAGCAUAAAAGCACGUAAAAUGAAAGUCCUGUGCUCAUCAGACACCCUAUUUGAAGUUCGGGAUGAAUGCAUUCAUGUUGUAAAUCUGGACAACUUGGACUGCACUUGCUUGGGAUGGAAAAAGCUGCAACCAUGCUGCCAUGCUGUUGCUGUCUUCAUUUCAACAGGUAGGAAUUCAUAUGAUUAUUAUUCCAAAUAUUUUACAGCUGAUAGCUACCGAUCAACAUAUUCCAAGUCCAUAAACUUGGUACUGGGAGUGAAGCCUGUGGAAGAUGAUGAUAAAAGUCCAGGUUUAACCGAGUCUGUGCUCCCCCCUGUGCCCACUAGGACAGCGGCCCAAGAAAAGAGGGAACUGAAAGAAUCAGAAUCUGUGGAUAAAAGGACAGUUACCUGUACAAGGUGCAAAGAGGAGGGGCACAACAAAAAGUCAUGCAAGGCCACCUUAGAAAUUGCUGAGUGUUGAUGAGCAAGGUUUGUAACCUCAUAGAUCAUAUACAUAGUUUAGCCAGUGACUUCUUUUUCCGUGUCUUACCGACUAUUAUGGGAUAUUUGGCUCAUGUUUGUUCUGUUGGAAAUACAGUGUCGUUUGACUUGUUUGAUCAUGAAACUGUUUCAAAGAUCAAUGUUGUGUUUGGUUGGGGCGUGAUGUGGAAGGAAUGAUAUGAAAUUUGAACUAUUAUUUGGA